AUGUCGGGUUCUAAUGGCGACGAGAGCUCUGCUGACUGCGCGUUGACGCCGACGCGCAGGAGCAGCCGAAAGGAGGCUUCGUUGGAGAUGGGAAAGCGCGAUAAAGCUUCUCGUCGAGAGCGGAAAAUGGUCUCCCUGCGACAGGCGAGUUCGCGCCGGGAUGCGCGCCCCCACGUGUCUGGGUCCGUUCUUGUUCUCUUUGUUUGUGAAGCCGUGUGCUUCUUCUGUCUCGGCAGCAUCUUCUGCUACUUCUUCUGGAGUGAGCGUUUCGCCGGAUCAGCCUCUCGCGAAUCGCUCUCUUCUCACCAAGAGGCGGGUGCACGCCCGUCGCCCGCGUCUCCCGCUGAGUCCCCAGAGGCCACGCAUCCUGCGUCCUCUUUGGCGGCUUCGAGCGCCGAGCGUAGGCACCGCCGACACUCCGAGAGCGGGGAACUCGGCGCGCGAGACCUCGCCUCCUCCGUCGAUGCGGAGUUUCCCUUUGAUUUCAGCGAUUUCUCCCUCGGUGCCCCGCCGAUCCCCGUGCACGCGGACUCUCCACCCCCUAGUCUGUUUAGGCCCCUGCGACUCCCGGGCCAGGCGGCGCGGCGUCUCAACACCGAGGGCUCCAUCCUUCGAGGCUCGUUCGACACCAGUCGCGCGGACGAAAGCGUGACGGAGGUUAGGAGUCGGCGCAAGAGAAAAGGCCCAGACGGCGCUCCGGGCGGGAGGGCGCCGGCGAAUCGGCAUUCUGAGCCUUCGUGGGUGACCUCGACUGUGGCGUGGACUGACGGCUCGCAGAAGGAACUCUCCGCGGAAGAGUAUGAACUGUCGACAGAGAUGUGGGGACACCAAUCCGAACGCAGCAACGACGACGACGGCGAUGACGACGACGAGGACCACGACGAUCCGUCGACGGUCACGAUCGCCCCGCACGCGAUAUUUGACGCGUCUUUCGGGGGAAACAGAGGGUUGCAGUCGAAUUACGAGGCGAAUUCGCUACCCCACGGGGCGGAGACCGGCCACGGAAGCACUCCCGGCGAGCCCCAAAUCGCUGCAAGUGGACCCACGACCGAGCCGUCGUCCAGCGACCGAGCGGAAAGCGCCGGAACGCGAAAUCAGGCAGGCGCCAAGGAUGGAUCUGAAAGGGGGGACAGUGGAAAUUUCACGGCGACGCGCGGGUCGGAUUCCGACAGGGACGAGGACGGAGGAGCAGCGCCGAAGCGAUCGCGCUCCAGGAGCCGAGACAGGAGAAAGAGAGACGAAGACUCCGGCACCCACGCAGCCAACGACGGAUAUGCUGCCGGCCAGGGCGUCAUGCACCGUAUGUGGGUCACGCGGCAAAACCUCGCCAAAAUCGCCAAGAAGAAACUGCGACAGUUCCACUGCGACAUGCCGCGGGAGCAGGUGUGCGACUACCUCAAAUCCGAUCAGCAACAGUACCGCGUGUGGUUCACCUUGGCCGUUCUGUAUGGCCUGGAGUGGCCCUUCUACUCGUACGCCGACGGCGGCGGCACGCACUUUCUUCAGGAACUUCUCGAACAGACGCGCGACUUCGGUCCUCCCGCCGGGGCGAGCUCUCUCGUUCGGAAACGCUACGAACAGUUCCGCGAAUGCGGGAUGCCGCAGGCCUUCGAGACUGGACUAAACAAGCUGAUGGAGUGUCUACCGUCUGGGGCGGAGUUCCCCAACGUCCUCAAGAAGGCGGCGGAGAACCUUCGCUUCCGCAAGGUGCUCUUCGGCAUGGGAGACGUGCACGUCCCGUUCGACGGAAUCACGAGUCUAGCGCACGUCUUCGACACGGUGGAAGACGCCAUGGGCCUCGUCUGGGGGAAGGAUGUCUUCCUGGGCAAAGACCCUUCUGCGCCUGCACACUGCAAACCGUUCACUUCCGAUGAAUUGUACUAUAAGUACAUGUUCGCUUUCAGUGAAAGUCGGCGGUACUUCUCCAUGGUUGUCCUUCUCAAUCGAGCAAUGCGGCAACAUGUCACCCAAAAGCCGCACAAUGGUAUCAUCCUUCUUCUCGUCGAGCAGCCCCACGUCUCCAGCAGUUCCUCCGCGACCUCAGCUGUCGCGUCUUCUGCUUCGACAGCGGUCCUCGGGUCCUCCAAAUCCAACAACCCUCGGCGUCUCUCUGCGGUGUCCUCGAGCAGCGGCUCGGCGCCACGGAGUUCUAGAGGGGGCUCGGGAGGACGCAGAAUUCCAGAGCUUGGGGCCGACUCGGAUCCAGAUUAUUUUCAGCGGUUACAGGAUUUCCAGAUGCUGCAAGAGCGAGUCAGACAAAGUGUUCUUAUGAAACUGGAGAGCGCCAUUGUCCGUUUCUACCCCACGAGUAAAACGAUGCGAAAAGAUAUCGUUAAGCUGCCGGAUGUCCGAGUCUCGGGUUUCUUCGCCCGCUCCGCAGAAGGUCGGACCCACGAGAAAGGUCUCGUAGGGUUGGAAAUCGACUUCAAGCUCAUGGAGCGGUUCAAAGAACAAACCCCUCCGAAUAGCGUUCUGAUCCAAGUCACUUUGCUGGACCUCUGGGCAACGCAACCGAUCGAGGAAUGGCCGGAUGUCAUGGAUCCCUCAAAGAAACUCGUUUCCUCUUACACUGCGACGCAGCUUCUGAAAUCUGAGUUGCAGUGGGACCAGUCGCUCGCAAGUUUUGAGUGGGGUAGAACAAAGUUCAUCUACUCGACCGUGUCGGAGGUGUUUGAGUAUGAAAAAAUCGACACUGCUAACCGCGUCAGCUUCGAUCCAGACAUUCAAGUUAUGCUACUGCAGAGCUACAGUGACUUCGUCGCAAACGGAAAGGAAGACGGUAUGCUGGCGAUGAUCAUCGAGGUCCUGCAGCGGAAGCCUUUGGGGCACUCUGGGGUUCCUCGAGAGUUCCGAGCGGACCGCAUUGUCCUACAGGGCACAGCGACGCCCCUAGAACAGCAUGGAGGCGGGAAGGGCCAACUCUACAGAAAGAUGCAGUUCGGCUCAGGAAUUGACUAUGGCGAGGUUCUGCAGAUCGAGAAGGCAAUCAGAGAGCACACAGUCAUGCUGCAUCUCAAAAUCGUUGGCCUAGGUCACGCAGCUGCGGAAGACUGGCGUGGCCUGAAGGCGCACGAAAUCCUGAAUCGCCUUGCUCAACGACUUCGAGGAACUUUUGAAAUUCACUACGUUUAUCCGGGGAAAAUGCCUGACAGUCCUCAGGUUGCGAGUCGGUCGGUGAAAUGCACGAACGUGAUCCCCGACUGGAUCCUAGCUUUGGCAGUUUUUGCGACGGCCUCGUUUUUUAUCAUCUUCAUCAUUCUUAUGAUGUACCACCGCAAGCUGGACGUGCCCUGGUGGGUUUCCUGUUGGUGUAGCCGGUUCUCGCCUUGGGAGAAGGACGCCGCAGACAAACAGAGCACGUGUCCAAGCGAUAUGGAGAGCAGCCGAGGCGAUGGAGAAGUAGGGCCUAGGCGUCAGUCAUGUUUAACUGACGAUGAGGAGUGUGAAGACCCGCGAACGGCACACUCGAUGACACGCAUAAUAGAAGAGGACUACGACUGGGCCGACUACGGACAUGCGGGUGAUAUCUCGCGUGCGAAUACGCCUACCCCCCGUAGUGGCGCCUUUGAGCACGUGUCCGAUUCUUCCGUGCGAUCGACCUUCAGAGUCGCUUACAAAUGUGGAAGCAGCAGUGGAGUUUACGGACUGGCAGGAGGGCACAGACAUAGCUCCUCUUGUGGAAGUUUAGGGUCCGCUAGAAUUCCCUCCAGAGGCUAUGACGACGUCAACAUGGGACACCCAGUCGCGCCCCCAGGUGUGUUAAACUCUAUGCCUGUAGUGCGCACGCCAACACUGACGAGAGCCGUUUCAAGACGACUGGGGGCAGAAUCAGGUUUCACGUGA